AUGUUUUACAUUUAUUUCUUAUGUUAUCUUUUUUCUUCUAACACAUCAGAAAGUGAUAUGCAUACCAACACUUUUAUAAAAUCAUAUAUAAAUGAUGACUGUAAUGCUAAAUAUUCUUCUACACUUUUUACAUCUAUUAAUAAUGCUACAGAAUAUAAAGAACUUAUCAAAGAUUUAUACCCAUGCUCAUGGCUUUCUAGUAUAAAUAGCUUCUUUUAUAAAUUUGAUAACAAUAAACAUCUGCGAAAAUUUAUCGAAAAAUAUCGUAAACUUAUUUGUUUUCUAAUACCGCAUGAAAAAUUUGAUUUUGUUUAUCCGAUAGAUUAUUUAUUAGAACAAUAUAAAAACAGAUUUAUAGAUAAUUAUAUUGAGCUUGAACUACGAAAAAUUUCAUUAACAAAAAUGUUGUCUUUUUUACGAUUUUCUGAAUCUAUAAAUCUUGAUGAUAUUAGAUACAAAAACAUACUUAAAUUAUAUAUUGAUCAAAUAAUCAACACAGUAGAAAUAUAUUCUAAAUUUUUUUAUGAAUUGAGAAUAAUUUAUUUUUAUUUAAUUAACGAAGACCAAUUAAAUACAGUUGAUUCUUAA